AGGACUCAAUAACUGUUGUAAAAAGAGGCUGUGGCUUAUAAAUCCUAUACCUCACAAAUCCUUGUCUUCAAGCUUGUCUGGAAUGAACUUUCAGUAGACAAAACUAAAAGGAAGAAAAGAAGAGAAUUGACAGAAGAGCAGAAGCAGGAAAUUAAAGAUGCCUUUGAGUUGUUUGAUACAGACAAAGAUAGAGCAAUAAAUUAUCAUGAAUUAAAGGUGGCAAUGAGAGCCUUGGGUUUUGAUGUGAAAAAAGCUGAUGUACUGAAAAUACUUAAAGAUUAUGAUCGAGAAGCGACGGGCAAGAUCACCUUUGAUGAUUUUAAUGAAGUUGUGACAGACUGGAUAUUGGACAGAGAUCCACAGGAAGAAAUACUCAAGGCAUUCAAACUGUUUGAUGAUGAUGACUCUGGUAAAAUAAGUCUGAGAAACCUGCGCCGGGUUGCGAGAGAACUUGGUGAAAAUAUGACUGAUGAAGAAUUGCGGGCUAUGAUUGAAGAAUUUGAUAAAGAUGGAGACGGAGAAAUCAAUCAGGAAGAGUUCAUUGCUAUUAUGACCGGAGAUAUUUAACAUCAUAAAAGAAGAAGCUAAUUCAGCACAAAGAAGGGAGGAAUCAUUGGCAGCUA